CUCAUUCCUUUUCCUUCCUUAUUCUGAUUUCACUUGUUUUGAGACAUUAGAACACGGAUUACACAACGUUGAGUGAUGGAAUCUGUACAGACAUUCAUCCUGAUUCUCAUUUUGGCUCUUGGCCCUGGGACACAAUCCGAAAACCCAGGGUUUGUGGUGAGGAUCACACAGAAAGGGUUGGACUAUGGUAUGUUUUAUAUUCCAUUUAUUACUAUUGUUUAAGUAUGCUGUAUCAUUCUAGGAGUUGAUAGUACUAUCCUGUUCUGCCUUACUUUGUGUAAUUAUUUUUUAUUAGUCAGCAUAAUGGCAUGUUUAAACCGGCAUAGAUUCUAUUUGAAAUUUAUUUUACUUUUUUUUUAAAUUAUUUUAAAAAUAAGAUCUGAUAAUAAUAACCCAGAAUUCCUUAAGUGCUUACAAGAUAAGGACGGACUUAGAUGUGUAUAUAUAUGCUUUGCUAGCCUCUUUGGCCAAAAUGAUAGAGACUAUUACAUAGGAGAGUAGAUACAUUAUUGUCCUGGCGUAAAAACAUAACCAUUGAUAGCCAAUUAAAUUAAGAUUAGGAAUUGGUAGGGUAGAGGAACAUAUUGCCAUUAGAUGCCCAGAUUUCUAUGUAACAGACAAUUCAUAGAAAUUCCACGAACAAAAGUUCAAUGUAUUAUAUACACAUUCCUUUAAACAUAACAUGCCAAGUUAAAAAUUAGAAAACUAAAUUACUGGUAUUACUAAAAAAACGAAUACCAGCCUAUUAUUUAACUAGGGGGUUGGGGGGUGUACAUUUACCUUUCUCCUGGGGCGUGAUUUAAUUUUUUCCAACUUAAUAUGGCACUAUAUUUAAAUCUUAGAAGUAUGAACGGGUAAGUUUACCUUGCAAAGAAUCAAAUAGAAAGAGGGCGAAUUUAGCAAAUGAUAUGAUGUGAGCAGCCCUUGAUAUGACACACUGAUAGAUUGAUAGAUAUUUUACUAUAUUAUAUAGUUGUUAGUUAAUACAGACACCGUGCAGUGUGCUGGUCAAAAAUUUUAAUCAGAAUAAAAUAGAAAUCUCUUGCUUUGGGCCGUAAAGGAAUGCAAAGAUGUAUAGCCACAAGCAUUACUGCUUUGCUGCUUCUUAGAGAGAAGACAGGGAGCGUGCAGGUAAGAAACUCACUCUAAAGACCAGAAUUAAAUGUCGUUUUAACCCCUUAAGGACCAAACGUCUGGAAUAAAAGGGAAUCAUGACAUGUCACACAUGUCAUGUGUCCUUAAGGGGUUAAUAUAACAUUUUUAAGACACAGAUUGUUGAUGGUUCCAGACAUUGGGCAGUUAGCUCUGAAUUCAACCAUGGUUAUUGGUUUAACAAAAUAUGGAAGUAAAAACAAAACGGUUUGGUCUCUUAUCAAACUUCACUAAAAGUAAAGGCAUCUAUUAGCAAAAAUGGUUAAAAUACAGAACUUCUCUUACUUUCACUUCUUCAAAUUUUUCCAAACAAAGAAUUUUAGAGGGACACAUGGAAUUUCAGAGGCAGGACACAUACAGCUGUACAAUACUUAGAAAGUACUAUCACUAAUUUCUAAUAAAAUGCCUGAUUAACUUAAUAAUAAUCUCCUCUCUAGUGUGCCAGCAUCACCAUUGUAUAAAGUUCAUGGGUGUUACAAUAGUGUAACAAAUACCUCCAACUCCCACUUUCCACCUGCCCUAUCAUUCCGUUCAUAUGCCCUUCUAGCAAGCUCUAACAUUUGCUAUAGGAGUAAUCAUAGCAACUACAGUACAUGCUCUGUAGUUACUGUGACAAAGAAGCAGACUUCUGCCUGUAAAAGGGCUCUUCAGGUAUCACUGCCGUAAAACUGUCAUCUUAGUCGUCUACCAAGAAUACACUGACAGCUGAGGGGUGGACUAAAUUUAUAACAGUUUUUUAAAAUAUUUUUUUUACUCAAUGGGAUAUUUUAUAAAUACUAGAAUAUGAAUGUAUUGCAUGAACAUACAGCAUUGUCAUCUCACAGAUAUUGUUUCCAUUUCAUUCUACAGCCAGGCAGCAAGGGAUGAUUGCUCUUCAGAAGGAACUAUGGAAAAUUCAACUGCCUGACUUUUCGGGAUCAUAUCACGUUGAUGUCAUUGGAAAUGUGCAUUAUAGCUUUCACAGGUGAGCAAAACCAGGUAGAUUAAGAUUCUAAUCCAGUAACAGAUCAGAAUCUUGAGUAACCGUCUGCAGAAUUACUAAGUGAGUUUGACAAUUUCAGGAUUCUUUAUUUUAAACUACAGAGUACAUAAAUUCACAGUUAGGUAUAUGGCCUGUUAGAUAGAUAGGUUUUUAAGGGGUGAAUGGCUACCAAUCCAAUUCCAUCAUCACCCAGACACAAUGGGAUCAUAUUUAUUGUAUUUAUCUAUAAGACGUAUUGCUGACAGUUUCUUAAAUAUGGAAUGAACAAGGUUUAAAAGCAAAGAAGAUCUAUAUAGAAGGUGGGUUAGACAGAUUGUCUCCAAGAACAUCACAAAAUAUGUUUUUUUUAUCAGUGACUAAACUAUUUAAAUCAAUGGAUCAUCCAACCAAUGUUCUAUCUAAAAAGUCUGUGUCAUUAGAUUAUAUCAUGUGUUUAAUAUGUUAUCACUUAUGUAGAUAUAGUUACAAAUAAAUGUAUUAUAAUAAUAAGUCAACUAUAUCUAUCUUUGGGGAAAUCCCCAACACAAUGUCUGUACGUCAUUUUCUGAUAUUAACAAAUAUAUUCUCCUCUUACAGUCUGGUUAUCCGCAAUGUCCAGCUUCCUGGCUCACAAGUAAGCCUUCUCCCUAAUGUUGGCCUAAAAGUGACAAUCUCUGGAGCCUUCAUCCAGCUGGGGGGACAGUGGAAAGUACGCUAUGCUUUUAUGUAAGAAAAUUAUACCUUCACUCAUUAGAUGUGACAAUGUGAAACAUCUACCUAUCUGAAUGCUUUUACCUAUGCAUAAUUAAGAGGAAAACACCCCAAAAACCUUAUUUCUGAUAUCUCCUGUACAUGGCCAUUCGUUAAUCUCAAUUUAUCAAUAGCUCAAACUCGGGCAAAAAAUCUAAGCAAAAAUAGCUUAGACAUCAUAAUCUAUUAUGAAGAUUAUCGGAUUUCUGAGUUUGGGCCAUCAAAGUGCUAAAAUAUCAGAGUAACUGUUUAUAUUUAUAUCCAUUGAUCAGUCCUGAUAGGGUAUCACCAUCUCAUUAUGCAAACAGAAGGUUCCAUCCCUGCCCAAGUGUGUACAAUGUAUUCCUUAACCUAAAGUGACCAUAGGCACAUAGAAAUAAAACUCAUCUAUUAAUAUCACUUAUUUGCUGCAAAACCAUAUCUGGUGCUUCUACUGUGAUGUCUUCAGAAACCAGGAACUAGCUGAGAUCUCUCACCCAAUCCUGGUUUGCCCACUGAUACUACAAGUAAUGUGCAAUGCAAUUCACCCUUGCUGUACAGUUUUAUGAGAUAUACAGAGCCACCAUUGAAACAGAGGCUUCCUUUUGUGACUGUCUCCCAAUCAUUUUCUUUCUGGAUUUCUGGUUCUGGAGAGAACUUAUGGAUGGGACUGAUUUGCCUAUUGAAAGAUAUCACCUAUAAUGUCUCGAAUAAGCUACAAACCAUAUGAGACACUCCCAAGCAGGAACUAACCUUGAUGCAAACUAUAAAGCAUUGCCCUUUUCAUGUGUCACCUAGACUCCAUUGUUCAAUGUUUACUGAAUAUACGAACUGAUGGGUGCUAGACUUUUAUCCCAAUAAUAAUAAUGUUACAUUUGUGUACUGAAAAUAUAAAUAUAUUGUGUGGCACUACUGCAAUGUAUAUUUGUUUUGUGUCUGAAAGCUGUUUUCCCUUAAAUGAUGCCACCUUUAUGAAUAAUUAUAGAUCCAAUGAUGGAGAUUUUGAUCUGAAGGUGGAAGGAAUCAGCAUUUCCGUGGGACUGAGUUUGGGGAGUGACGCAAUCGGGAGACCCACAGUUAGCCCUUCUGACUGCAGCUGCCACAUUGCAGACAUUGACGUGCAUUUCUCUGGAUCAUUUGGGUAAGUCCAUAAAAGGUCUUUGAGGAGCCUUUUGGAACUUCCCGCAAAUCAGUGCAGUGCUGCGUUGAGGCAAGUGCAAACUCUUCUGAUCCAUGGGGAAAGUUUAUACAUUUUUUAAAUCUAUGGUGCGAACUGAUUUAUCUGAACCACUCAAAACUGCAACUGCAGACCCUUCACAUAUUAUAGGGCGCUUCUGAACUUUCCACUAAUUGUGUAGUGAGACCAAGUAGGAUUUUAUACAGAAUGCAUUCCUUGGGUAUGUGACCCCAGGGCGGACACUGCAUGUGAGAGGAGAGGUGGGAACAUAAAUCACCCCGUGUGUAUCUAUCCUAUCACACACAGUGUUUGUGCUGAAGGCACCGCCAUGAGGAUUUCACAUAUUGUUCAACCUCCCUACCAGUCAAAACAAAGUAGAAGGAGAGAUUAGGAGAGACAAUAAAAGAGAAGGUGGAAUGAAGAGAGAUGGAAUCAAAGAUGUGCAGUUUAGAUUUCAGAGACAUGUUAACAAUGAGGGAGAGACACAUAUUGGAGAAUAUAGGGAAAGCAUGGUUAAGAGGCAGAGCUGGAGAAGGGAAGUUGGGGCAGAAUGACAAAUGUGACAAUGUGAAAUGGAGAUAGACACUUGUGCAGAGUGGAUUGUAGGGGUACAAGUGGGGAGAUACAGAACCACACAUACAUACAAGGACACUAGCAUAUUACAUACUGAUACAACACUUACAAAUGUUGACAUAUACAUAUACAGACAGUGUACACAUACAGAAACACAAACAACUCACGGAAAAAACUCUGACACACAAUGACAUUGCACACACAACACACAGUUAUUCCACACAGGGAGAAAUUCACAUAUGUUCAAAAUAGUCCUACAUGUAGGAACCGUCUUAACAAAGUAUCUCUAUGAGAGAUUGCUGUAUGUAGUAAGUCAUAAUAUGUACAUGAAAGACUGGAGUCCAGUGCCCAUAGAUUUUAGUCCAACAUUUGAAGUACGUUUUAUCCAAUGUUCUAUGCAGAUGGCAAACAAACUAAAGGGAUAAGUCAAUAUGUAGACAGGAAGAAAGUAAAAUCAUUGGAUUUAGAAAAACAAAGAAAAAUGUUUAGAACUUGUGACUGGAGAAGCCUCAGAGUUAUGGAGACAAUAUUUUAUAUGUCUAAUAUAAAUGCAUUAAAAGAUAUGUGAUAAUUGUUUCUGUUUCUGUUACAGAUGGCUCAUAAACCUAUUUCAUGACAGCAUAGAAUCCGGCCUACGAAGUGCACUAGAGGACAAGGUAUAAUUUGCAGAUGCAGGUUUGACGUGUAAUAAUCAGAUUCAGUACAUGUAAAAUGAUGAGCAUGCACGCAUCUCUCUUCUUUUCUCAUUUUGUGUUUCAACUCCAAAACAUUUAAAAAAAAUAAAAAUCUUGCCAAAGUUGAAGCAGUUUCCUUCCUGAAAUCUAGUGAAUUGGGAUUGGAGUAGUGUGACAAAACACACAUACACACACUAGUGCACAAACGCACACAUCUAAAAAAAAAAAAAAAUGAAAAAAUAUUGAUUCACAAAAUAUGAUUUCAUGGUUUUAAACUACUGUCUUUUAUUCUUACAGAUUUGUCCAAGUGUAAUUGACUCUAUUAAUAGUCAACUCGAACCUCUUCUUCAGACCCUUCCAGGUAAAGUAAUGUAUCUAAUAGUAAAGUGAGUAUAUAAUCACCCGCUUCCCAACGACAAAUACAAAACAAAAAAUAGCUUACAAUAGUGUGGAGAUUAGACACUGACCUCGUGUUAGAAGACGAUUCAGUGGUGAAGACCCUUGUAUAGAUUUAGAUGUGUUUUUAUACGAUAGACCAUAAUGUAAUGGACUUUAAUUUAGAAACCUCUGCUUUAACCUGAAUCUUUCUGGCAGUGCUGAGGAGCCCCAACGACUGACAAACACGCAGGCGGUAGGUUCUAAGAGACUGCCAAAAAAGUUAAUGGCAUUAUUUUCUCUCUUUUAAAAGCUCGUGAUUUCUCAGUUGUUGCUGCGUAGUCAAAAAUGUGUUUGCUGGAAUAACAGAAAGUACUGGCAAUGUCCUUGAAUUGCUAAAGCAGCCAGUUAGUUAGUAAAGUAUAAAACAAAGGAGGGGACUUUCGCUUAAAAAUGUAAAUUCCAUCACCUCGUUUACCAUAGCACUGCCACAACAACAAACAUUAACUGCAGGGCUAAAUGUUACCAUUCCUCGGAUUUAUCCAUGUCUCAUUAUGUAUCACCAAAGCAGAUAGUUUUUUUCCCAUUCUCCAUAUAUGCUACUUAUGCCCCUUGUCCAAAAAUCUCCUGUGGAUUUUGUUUUCCUAGUACGAACGAUGCAAGAUUAUUAUCAAUGUUUCUAACAGAGAAUAAGUAAUUAUUUUUUUGUCUUUAUAUUUAUUUAUAUUUUACAGUAACUGCAAAAAUUGACAAGGUAGCAGCUAUUGAUUAUUCCCUAAUGGGACGUCCGACUGUGACUGCUGACUAUGUAGAUGCUCAACUGAAGGUAUGCUAUCUGAGUUAGAAUCUUCAACAUUUAAAGCCUAUGCAGCAGCGUGCUAAUGUAAUGAGAAUCCAUGGGAACUCUUGCAGUAAAGGAACUAGCACUGCUUACAAUAUAGGGACAGCCCUACAGAGCACUUGCCAUUGUAACAUUUCAGAUAAACAAAUUCAGAAACGUAGCCUAUUUAGGCCUCGAGGCCUAAUCAAGGCCUUAGUAACAUUCUUUAAUUUAGACCUUAAUUUAAUAUUUUUGGAUAGAAGCAUAGAAACAUAGAUGUGACGGCAGAUAAGAACCCUUUGGCCCAUCUAGCCCAAUUUUCUAAAUACUUUCAUUAGUCCCUGGCCUUAUCUUCUCUCUAGGAUAUCCUUAUCCUUUUCUCAACACAUGCUUAAACUCCUUCACUGUGUUAACCUCUACAACUUCAGCUGGAAGGCUAUUCCAUGCAUCCACUACCCUCUCAGUAAAGUAAUACUUCCUGAUAUUAUUUUUAAACCUUUGCCCCUCUAAUUUGACUAUGUCCUCUUGUUGUGGUAUUUUUUCUUCUUUUAAAUAUAGUCUCCUCCUUUACUGUGUUGAUUCCCUUUAUGUAUUUAAAUGUUUCUAUCAUAUCCCCCCUGUCUCGGCUUUCCUUCAAGCCAUACAUAAAGUUUUCAAAUGAUUUAAUAUUUUGGGGUAAACAUUUUUUUUCCCCUCAAAAUAUUAAAAUAUCAAAAUUAAAAUUAUAGGUAUAUCAUAUCUUGAAAAAGAUCAAUGUAUAUAAGGUCUGUUAAUGUCAUACACAGUAAAUAUAUAUAGAGCAAUGUUGUGUAUAGAAGCACAGGCCCUAUCAGUAACCUCACUUUGUAUUUACAGGGAGAAUUUUUCGAGCUCUCUCAUCGUUCUACGCCUCCCUUCUCUCCACCACCUCUGUCCUUGCCUGAUGACCACGAUCUCAUGGUUUACUUUGGAGCCUCUGAAUAUCUCUUCAACUCAGCUGGAUUUGUGUAUCAGUCUGCUGGAGCCCUUGUCUUCAAUGUCACCGACGAUAUGGUAAGAAGGAUGCAUUAAAGAGGAUGUUUGGCGUAGAAGGGAGGUUGUUAUUUAGCUCUAAAGAAUGGCAUAUAAAUUAGCUCAUGUUUUUAAUAACCUUAUUAAAUCUACAGUUUUAAAACACAAGUAAGGAACCGGACCUAGUAAUUUUGAUAAAUAGAUUGAAGAAGGAACAUAAGCCUUCGUUUGAUAUUUUUGGAUAAAUAUUAAACUGAGGCCAUAGUAGUUGUAUAAUGUGUCAGAGUCUACUCUUUCUCACUCAAGAUUCCAGGUAAUGGGUCUCUGAACGUCUCCACCGUCUCCUCCAUAGAUGGUACUUUUCAUUACCACCAAUGGAGACCUCUUCUAUCUAGUGUCCUUGAUUGGCACACUUUCUCUUUUAAUUUUUGCACAUUGUUAUUGUUAAAGGAUCACUAUAGUGCCAGGAAAACAUACUCGUUUUCCUGGCACUAUAGUGCCCUGAGGGUGCCCCCACCCUCAGGGACCCCCUCCAGCCCGGCUCUGGAAAGGGGAAAGGGGUUAAAACUUACCUUUUUCCAGCGCUGAGCGGAGAGCUCUCUGCCUCCUCUCCUCCUCCGUUACGCCCCGCCGGCUGAAUGCGCAGGCGCGGCAAGAGCUGCGCGCGCAUUCAGCCGGUCUCAUAGGAAAGCAUUUACAAUGCUUUCCUAUGGACGCUGGCGUGCUCUCACUGUGAAAAUCACAGUGAGAAGCACGCAAGCGCCUCUAGUGGCUGUCAAUGAGACAGCCACUAGAGGGAUUAGGGGGAAGGCUUAACCCAUUAAUAAACAUAGCAGUUUCUCUGAAACUGCUAUGUUUAUUAAAAAAUGGGUUAACCCUAGAAGGACCAGGCACCCAGACCACUUCAUUAAGCUGAAGUGGUCUGGGUGUCUAGAGUGGUCCUUUAAGAAUUUUAAAGUAUAUAAUUAUCAAACAUUUCAUGUUGCUUUUUUUUUUAAAUGUAGAUACCCAAGGACUUUUCUAUAAGACUCAACACGUCUGCGUUUGGGGCACUGAUACCACAGGUAAGUCAUUAAUUCUAUUGUCAAGUAGUAAGUAUGUAAAUAUUAUAACAAUAUGAUUGUAUGUGUUCUCCUUCUUUCCCUAUAUACUGAUUUUAUAUCAUAGUAAGACAGCUCGAGUUGUUGGGUAGCUGCAUCUAAGUUAUUAUUAAGCAUAUCUUUUUACAGCUAUAUAAUUCUUACCUCCCUGCUAUCUUUUGAUUGCACUGUACACCUGAAGCAGAUGUUCAGACAUUAAUGGGAAUCUGUUGGGUAAAAUGACAAUAUGUCCCCAUAGCUUUAAAAUUUCCAAAAAUAAUUUUUUGUUUUUACUUAAUUGAAGCUUCAUAAUGUUAUUAAGUACACUCACGUCAUUCCAAAUGGUUCCAGCGUCACCAAAAGUCCGCCUUUACAGGCGUCAAUGGUAUCUUUAGUACUGCCAAGCGGUGAGAAGCUUUGGAUGGCUUCCCUACACCUGGCACAACCCCAACAGAUUACAUUGAUUUGUUAGCUUCAUCAUCAGCACGUCAGCCCACUGAAUGGAGUGUCAUCAGAAAUUACUUUGUUCAUAUUUUCUGUCAUAACCUGGCUUGAGAAGUGAAGGAACCGUGCAAAGUGCAGUGGAGUUCUGGAAAAAGACUGCGCUGCGCUUAGAACUUACAAACACGUCAUUUGCCAGGUCUCCACGCAGGGUGCCGGGAGAAGUGAUGAUGCUUGAGCCGCACAUGUGAGAUUCAUAAACCCAAUUGAGAACAGCCUUUUCGGUGUGUUUUGAUGCAGCCAGACCUCAGCAUUGAAUGAAUGCGGAGGGUCUGACUCUGACUGCUGAAAGGGGUGAGGGGGAGGGAGCAAUCUUUUAAAUGAAAUAUUGACAAAUCUAUAUAUUUGCUAGCAAUUUUGCCAGCACAAUAUAUAGAUGAAAUUUAACAAAAAAUUUAAUAAAGUUUAGUGAGAUUGGGGCACAUCAGUUUCCCUUUAAAUACUUGUUAUAUUGACUAAUUUGUCUGAUUCAACUUUUUAAUAAUUUAAUUUAUUCACAGAUCUCCAAGAUGUAUCCUGACAUGCUUAUGAAACUGCAGAUUUCAUCGCCCACAUCUCCAUCACUGAAUAUAGUGCCGGGAAACCUAACCAUCUCACCUGUAUUGCAUAUACAGGCAUAUGCCAUUCUACCCAACUCCUCUUUAGUACCCCUAUUUCUUCUAGAAUUGGUUAGUGGAAUUAUUUUAUUGGUAUUGCAUAUAUGAAAGAAAUGCUUGGGUAGAAAAUUCUCAUAUCAUUUCUAUUAAUUGGGAAAAUAGCAGUAUUUACAGUACUGCAAUAGAAACAUUUAGUCAUUACCAAAUUUCCUAAUUUUUGCUAAUGUUAUAUGAAUAUGUUCUGUAUAUCUCUGAAUUUUGUGACCAAUAACCAUCCUUUUUACUGUGUCUCAUCUCCAGACAACACAAGCUCUGGUAAAGGUUGCAAUGAAUGUAGGUCGAAUUCAAGGUCACCUGGAACUCUCCAAGUAAGUAGAGUAGAUCUAAAUAGAGAUAUAGAGUAGAUAUAAAUGCAUUAACAAGCAUUUAGAGAUUAUACCUCAAACUUGUCAUUUUCUUCAUUCAAUUGGAAAACAGUCCUGUUAAGAUGAUAGAUGUUCAUUUAGUUGUUUUUUUCCACUUAAAUGUCUUUAUUUUGUAUUCAAUCACAUUUCAAUAAUAGUUUGACAGAUACAUUUUUCUUCUACAUCUUACAACAUGAAGAAAAAAAGUCUGUCUCUAUAACUAGCUCAUAGAAACCUAAUCAAUGCCAAUAUGUUUUAGAUACUUUAUUUCCAUGAUGGUUACUCCACCCUUAUGCAUGACCACACCUGGGAAUUUGCAUUGUUUUUUCAUUUAGAGGUCACCUUGUCUCACCUUCAAUGGGAGUAGUAAGUGAACAAAGCCUCCCAACAAGAGGGCAACUGGGUGGGUGUUGGUCCAGCCUUUAAAUGUACAAUAUUUCCAGGUUUAGUGUAGGAUGUGGCCUUUACCGGCAGUCACCCCCACUACCUUUAGGAAAAACUAUAAUUAUUAGACUUGUGCAAAAAUGUAUCCAAAUCAAAUUCCUUUUAAUCCACAUUGGAGUGAACCAAUUUGCCUAGGAUUUACUUGGCGGGUGGGGGUCUAAUUCAUUGAGCAUGACUCGAUGAGUAAAUCCAAGAUGGAUAAAUUUUUCCAGGUGUGGAUUAAAAAGAAUUUGGUUUGGAUGAACUGGCUGAAAGUCUAGUAAUUACCCUUCAAACGUGCAGAGAUCCAGAACCUAAUCUCAAGAGGGGUACUGGUAGUGGGCUGUAGUGAGGAGAUAGGGACUGUAGUGGAUCCCACAUUAUUCUGUAAACAAAAAGUUUUAAACAAAUAUUCUUUAAAGAUCUGAAGCCUCAGUUUGUUACAGAUAAGUGCAGUGUAAGUUGACACCAGGACACAUUCUAUUUUAAAACAGAAUCCUGCUUGUCUACAAUGGUUUGGAUAGUGUUCGGAUCAGGCGUUUCCCAGAGAUUGCUGGCACAGAGCAAAAUGACAAAUACGUGUUAACCUGUCUGUAGAUGUUUGUUUGUUGAUUUUCAUUUACAUCCUACUCAAGAACAUUCCCAGCCCAGCUGAUUGUUACUGUAUACGUUUUGCGAGGGGCAUGUGAUUAGUUGGCUCAGGCAUGGCUGGGAGGGCGGAAGACAAUCAUGUGCCAAUAACCUGUCAUCUCAGUAUCUUAUAUAAUAUAAAUCAAUUCCUGUGUGCAAUAUUUCCAAUAAUUUAUUAAAAGUCUAUUAUAAUUAUAAAGUAUAUUUUAUUCUGAACAAUGAACUCUCUUUAACUUCCAUUGAUUCUUGCAUGUAGAAUACAGAUAGAACUUAAACAUUCCGAUGUUGGGCCUUUCUCGGUAAGUACUCAGUGACUAACAAGGCAAAAUAGAAUUUAAAGAUUUUUAUAGUUUACAUGCCAUUUUACAUUUUACCGUUUACUAAUCCUACUUUCUCUCUGCUCAGAACUGCAGCUUCAUUGAUACCUUUGUUUCCGCAUUUAAGAACCUUAUUUUUUUUUAUCACAUUAAAAAAAAAAUCUUUAUUUAAGACACUUUUUCGCAAAAGACAAGGUGCGCAUAAUACGUCUUAUUGUCAUAACGUAUGUAAUAAGUAGAUAAACAUAGAAAGACAGAUACAUCAUAAACAUUCUCAGUUGUUUAAGAAAAAAAUAAUUUUGACCCUUGUUAUUCUGUCUGUUUGUUUCAAUUUAAUGGGACCCUCCAAGCUCUAUAACUGCUACAGUUUACUUUAUUGGUUAUGGUACAAGCAGUAUUUAGGUACAAUUGUUUUUUUGUAUUUUUUUUAUGGUCAACCAUUUUUCAGCAUUAUAGGUAACCUUUGAUGGCUGUGAGUGCUAGUACUUGCUUCCCAUAGUUUUUGGUCAAGCUGCUCUUAAAGAGUAGGCUAGAAAAUAGAGGGACAGUACUGAAACACUCCUUGCACCAUAAUCACAACAAUAAGGUGUAGUGGUUAUAGUGCAUAGAGCAUUCUUUUACACUUAAUUUUGCAUAUUAUAAUGCACAUUAUAGUAAUAAUCAUGUUUCUAAUCAGGUAGAUUUAAUUGACCAUGACUUACAUUUAACAAAAUUGUGUCCUUUAUAUGAUUAUUUUGCAUACAGAAAGUUCUCUGUAAUAAUUUUAUUCUAGGUAUCGUUACUGAAUAUGGCUGUAAACUAUUAUGUCUCCAACAUACUGCUUCCUCGGGUCAACGGUAAGUGACAGAAUAUUAAUAUGUCCAGCAAUAUGUAACUAAAUUUACACUAACACAACAGAAGUUUCUUAAGCAAAUAGAAAGCGGGAGAUGUUAUAUACUUGCCAAUGCUUGAGAGUUCCUUUAAUUAAUUGACUUGGGUCUUUGUUUAAUAUUGUUGGAUAAUCAUUUCAGCUAAUCUAAUAUUUUUGGAUAAACUUUUAAAAUCCUUUUAUAUUUUGACAAAUAAUUUAAUAUUUUGAUGUUUUCAAAUCAUAUAUUCAUAUAAACAAUAUAUAUAUUUUUUAUAUUUUCAUAUUUAAAGAAAAAUAUUUUAAAAGUUUAUCCAAAAAUAUUGAGUAAAAACCAAUGUUUAUGACUUCAGAAACAUUGUUUUAUACACUGAUCAACCACAACAUUAAAACCACUGACAGAUGAAGGGAGUAAUAUUGAUUACAUAGAUACAAUGACACCUGUCACGGGGUGGAAUAUGUUAGGCAGCAAGUGAACAGUAGGUGCUUGAAUUUCAUGUGUUGGAAGCAGUAAAAAUUGGCAAACGAAAAGUUAUGAGUGACUUUGGCAAGGGCCAAAUAGUGUUGGCUAGGGUCAGAGCAUCUCCAAAAUGGCAAGUCUUGUGGGGUGUUCUUGGUAUGCGAGGGUUACCUACCAACAGAGGUGCAAGGAAAGGCAACCAUCACAGUUGUGUGCACAUGAGGGAGUGAAGGCUAGCCUGUCUGAUAUGAUCACAUAGAAGAGCACUUAAUUGCUGGCCAUGAUAGAAAGGUGUCAGAACACACAGCGCAUCACAGUUUGUUGUGUAUGGGACUGUGUAGCCACAGACCAGUCAGAGUGCCCAUGAUGACCUCUGUCCACUGCUGAAAGUACCUUUAAUUGGGACAUGUGCAUUAGAACUGGACCAUGGAGCAAUGGAAGAACAUGGCCUGGUCUGAUGUAUCACAUUUUCUUUUAGAUCAGGGGGAUGGCCGGGUGCCUGUGAGUCAUUUACCUGUGGAAGAAAUGGCAGCAGGAUGCACUAUGGGAAGAAGGCAGUGUUAUGCUCUGGGGAAUGUUCUGCUGGGAAACCUUGGGUCCUGACAUUCAUAUGGAUGUGUUAGUUAGACAAGUACACCUACUUAGAGAUAUUGCAGACCACGUACAUCCCUUCAUGACAGGAUAAUGCACCCUGUCACACUGCAAAAUAGUUAUGGAAUGGUUUGAGGAACAUGACAAAUUGUUCAAGGUGUUGCCUUGACUUCCAAAUUCUCCAGAUCUCAAACCAUCUGAGCAUUUUUGGGAUGUGCUGGAGCAACAGAUGUAACAUGGAGGCCCCACCUCGCAACUUGCAGGACUUAAAGGAUCUGCUGCUAAUGUAUUGGUGCCAGAUACCACAUGACACAUUCAGAUGUCUUGUGGAGUCCAUGCCUCAAUGCAUCAGAGCUGUUUUGGCUAUACAAGAGGACCUACAGAAGUUGGUUUUAAUGUUGUGGCUGAUCACUGUACAGAGCCCUUUUAAAAGUGUCCGUGUGCUGUUCUGUAAUACUUUGAGAUAACACUGGUUAGGGCUUAGUUUACAAAUAUCAGGACAAAACAAUAUAGACUAUUGUCAUGAAUAAAUGAUGAAUGACUUCAACAUUCACUGUAUCAAACCAUGAGUAUCAAAUUAACUUCACCAGAGCAUUAAAAUAAAUGACGCAAAAUAAAAGAUUUUAGCUGGGCCUCUUGUACAGACAAGUAGGUUAUUAUAAAGACAACUAUCAAUUAUAAUGUUUGCCAACUAUUUACUGAAUUCGGAGUGGAUUGAAAUAUAAUUUCCGUGUACAAUGACCAUAUAAUUAUUUAAACUAACCCUUAUUUAUGUUUGUAAUCAAAUAAAACCAACCAAAUGCUGGUAUUUUGAACUACCCAAUGCAGCUGUUCAUUUAGAACUUUCAUGAACAUCUAAAAAUGUUUUUACUUAUAAAUUAAAGGGACAUUAUAGUCACCUGAACAACUUUAGCUUAAUGAAGCAGUUUUGGUGUAUAGAACAUGCCCCUGCAGCCUCACUGCUCAAUCCUCUGCCAUUUAGGAGUUAAAUCCCUUUGUUUAUGAACCCUAGUCACACCUCCCUGCAUGUGACUUGCACAGCCUUCCAUAAACACUUCCUGUAAAGAGAGCCCUAUUUAGGCUUUCUUUAUUGCAAGUUCUGUUUAAUUAAGAUUUUCUUAUCCCCUGCUAUGUUAAUAGCUUGCUAGACCCUGCAAGAGCCUCCUGUAUGUGAUUAAAGUUCAAUUUAGAGAUUGAGAUACAAAUAUUUAAGGUAAAUUACAUCUGUUUGAAAGUGAAACCAGUUUUUUUUUCAUGCAGGCUCUGUCAAUCACAGCCAGGGGAGGUGUGGCUAGGGCUGCAUAAACAGAAACAAAGUGAUUUAACUCCUAAAUGACAGUGAAUUGAGCAGUGAAAUUGCAGGGGAAUGAUCUACACACUAAAACUGCUUUAUUUAGCUAAAGUAAUAUAGGUGACUAUAGUGUUCCUUUAAUAUAUUUCAAUCCAGCAUAUCGGAUGGAAUUGCAUGACAGUUUUCAAAGUGCUCACAAUCACAUUAUGAGGGUUACAGACCGUCAAGGACAUGAGUGAUUCUAAUUGGUGACAAGUGUGUAAUUAACCUAUAAUUUUCCGUAUAGACUUUGAAGUUUGUUUUUUAUUUGAGAUAGUUAAAAAAACAAAACAAAAAUUAGUUGACAUGUUUAUUUGUUAUGUUGGGCUAUAUGGUCACAGUGCUCACAUGUGCUUCGAUUGGGUUAAGUGACUAAUAAGAUAUCGAUAGUUAAUGAUUGCACACACUUUUAGUUAGAAAUAGAUGAAACAUUAAAUAAAGAAAGAGAGUAGGAAUGGGGAAGAGAAGAGGAAGCGGUUGGGAAAAAGUAAGUAUGGCGUGACUGCUCCUUUUCAUGAUGUAGGAGAUAUCUUAAAGGGACACUAGUCACCCAGACCACUUUAGCUCAAUGAAAUGAUCAUGGUGCCAGGUCCCUCAGGUUUUAACCCUUCAGAUGUACAAUCAGCAAUUUCAGAGAAACUGCUAUGUUUACAUUGCAGGGUUAAUCCAACCUCUAGUGGCUGUCUUCCUGACAGCCGCUGGAGGCGCUUCUGCGAUGUUGGAAAAUUGCAUCCAGCGUGCAGAACAUCCAUAGGAAAGCAUUGAGAAUUAUGCUCUUUGCUGCUCCACUCGGGAGUUGACGUCGACGGGGGAGGAGAGGUCACCAGCACCGAGGGAGCCCGGUGCUGGAUUACAGUAAGUAGCUGAAGGGGUUUUAACCCCUUCAGCCCAGCGGCUUAUAACUAAGGGUUAUAUAGUGUCAGAAAAACAAGUUUGUUUUCCUGACACUAUAGUGAUCCUUUAAUAAUAAGUACAAUUUGCUGGGUUGGACUGGACAUCCACUGUAUUUACAUUAUUCUGUACAAUUAAUAAAGCAUUUUCUAAUACUUCCACUUGACUGUUUUUUCUUGUUUUACACUAAAUUUGUUACCUGAAAUAAAUAUUAGCAAAUUGUUAUAAUCAUAUAUUAUAUAUACAGAAACUACACUCAAUGAUAUCACUCUUCCUCCUACAGAUAUUCUUCAAAAGGGUUACCCGUUUCCUCUCCUAGAUCACAUACAGCUCUCGGAUGUUGUCAUAAAGCCCUAUCAGGUUAGUUAUAUCCCGUGCUAAUACUGAGAAAUACUAUAUUUACAAUACAGUAAGAUCAUCAGUCAAGCGCUUUCCUGUGUAACUUAUUGCUACUUUGUAAAUAAUGAUAAUAUUAAUUAUUGAAAACUUUAUGUAUUGAUCCAUCCAAUCUUUCUUUCAGCACUUCCUCCUGUUUGGAGCAAAUGUUCACUAUGGAUAAACGGAGAAGAGGAGUUUGCCUGCGGAAGAGCACUGACUUUCUGUUCACUGGGCCCUUAAAACCCUAAAUUCUCUGAAUUUUAACUGAAAAUGGUGGGCUAGAUCUUCUCCCAUGUUUUUAGCCCUUUCUCCGCAGGCUGUGAUAUGUUGUUGAAGACAGCUCCUUCAUAUGCUACAAUACUGACUGCCAGCAUGGAGCUCCCUGACAAAACCUACCACCUCUAUGCCCAUUAUUCAUCUAAGUCAAGGGCGGGAAACCUUUGGCACUCCGGAUGCUGUGGACUACAUCUCCCAUAACCCUCUUACAGUCAUAAUGCUGGCAAAGCAUUAUGGGAAAUAUAGUCCACACCAUCUGGAGUGCUGAAGGUUGCCUAUCCCUGAUUUAUGUACAUAAUGACACUGAAUUCCAAACUACACAAAUGGUCUGAAGACUGCCAGAAUCACAGAAAGGUUUUAGCAUUUUGUUUUUCCAACACAGACGAACAACAUUCUCUAAUUUGUUUUUAAAUCUAUUGCACUGAAGAAUCUCUGACUUAUUCAGGGCAAAUUAUUCCAUAAGUCACAAUAUGUAUUUUAUAGAUUGAUUGUAACAUAGGUUCAUAUAUACAAAAGAAAUAUGUUGGGAGAAAGUUCUAAAUAAAGAGCAUAUAGCAGUAAUAUAUUAUAUCUAUAGUGACUGUUUAAGGGACUCAAUCCGUUUUCCUGGCACUGCAGGUCCCCUCUCCCUCCCACCUCCCAUCCCCGGUUGCUGAAGGAGUGAAAACCCCUUCAGUGACUUACCAGAGGCAGCGACGAUGUCCCUUGUCGCUGCUUCUUCCUCCGCCCACGCUCCUCCCUGUCACCUCGUCAGCUGGCACGGGAGACUGAUCCCGCCCGUGGAGACAUAAUGCGCAUGCGCGGCAAUGCCGCGCAUGCGCAUUAUACCUCUAGAUAGGAAAGCAUUGAAAAUGCAUGACGCUGGAGGUCCUCACACAGCGUGAGGAUGUCCAGCGACGCUAUAGCACAGAAAACCUGUGCUAUAGACCAGGAAGUGCCCUCUGGUGGCUGUCUAGUAGACGGCCACUAGAGGAGGAGUUAACCCUUCAAGGUAAAUAUUGCAGUUUAUGGAAACUGCAAUAAUUACAGCUGCAGGGUUAAGGGUAGUGGGAGUUGGCACCCAGACCACUCCAAUGGGCAGAAGUGGUCUGGGUGCCUGGAGUGUCCCUUUAACCAAAAUUCCUCUUUCUAAUGGAAGAAACAACUAAUAGGAGAAUCAGUUACAUGUUUUGGUAUAACUAAAGGUAUGUCUCUUAAAAGUAUUAAGUAUUAAAAUCACAAAUCAUAGAAAAUGUUUUUUAUAAACAGCUUCAAAUUGGCAUUGAUUUUUGGAGAAUUAGAUGUAUUUUGUUGCUUAAAUAGCAGCAUGUACUUUCCUGAAAUUACUCCUAUAAUUUGGCAGUGGAAACAUUCUGGCAUUAUUUCUACAUAUAAAAUAUCCUUAUUUGGGAACUAAUCUUUAGGUUUGAUACCGCACAUAACAUAAUGUGAAGAACAUCCAGGAGUGAGCCAACAUGUAAAAGGGCAAUCAUGACUGAACACAUGGAGGUGUUGGUAAAAACCCAUUCUCAUUUUAAAAAGUCUCUCAAGGGAAUGUAGAUAAAGCCACAUGAGGUCAUCACCCCACCAUUGACCCAUAGAUAAUCAAAACAGGAGAUCUUGUGUAUAUUACUGGUGACUAUAGAUCUGUCUUAUGAAGGUUUCUGUUGGGGUUGAUGUUCCCUCAGAAUGUCCGUAACUGGUGCUGUCUAAUAGAUUGACAGACAGACUUACUCUGUUAAACAGAGACUGUUCCUUCUACUCAAUGUCACUGUGGAUCCCAGAUCCUAAAAAAAAACAAAAAAAAAAAAAAACACUUACGGUUCCAAAUCUAGACAAAUCUUUGCUCCCCUUAUGUUAGAUGUUUCUCCAUCCAGUGGUCUGUAGAGGUAGACGAAAUAAUAGGCAGUGUACCACCAUUCCAAGAUAGAUAUUGUUUGUACACAGAUUGCAGUUAUAUAGUCCAAAUAUUGAGAUUUGCCAGAAUUCCAGACCUCACUGUCCUAGACCUCUCCUCUGGAUUCAUGACAUGGAACUCAGUCAGCUAGGCAUAACAUUUAGUGCCUUAACAUGCUAUCUCCUGUACCCUCUUUUUCCCCCUUACUCCUUUAUUUUGCCCUCCUUUCUCUCAAUCUCCUCUCACUCUCUCUGCAUCUCUCUUACUCUGGGUUGAACGAUGUUGGCUGCUCUGUCGUCUUUGCACUUUCCAUUGCUGACAGUUAUUGCAAUUUUCUUAUAGAAAAUCUGUUUUUUGUUUUUUUUAUGUAUUUAGAAAAGCUUCCGAUAAAACAUUUUGUUAAAAGCACAAAGAUUCUAAAACUUGAUGUAGAAAACUUUAUUUUAUCACAAAUAUCAAUACAUAAAAAUCCCAAGUUGAGGUUUACAGACUGUACACACAUACAAAAUUAAACAAAAAUCUUACAAAAAAAAAUAUAAAUCUAAAUUGACCAACGUUUUAACAAAUGAUCCUGCUUUAAUUUUUCACACAGAAGAAGAUUAAAACAUUAAGGUGGUACCUCUUUAUUUCAACAAGAUGACAAUUUAUCAAGAAUACAUUGACUUUUCUCGUUUUCAAGAACAUUCUGAAGAGCAACAACACAAAGUAAUGAUAUUUUUGAACUGGUGAAAAAUGUGAUAUUUUCGGGAAGGUUACUCCAUAAGCAGGUCUAGCUGCCUGAUUGUAACACUAGUAUUGAAAGUGAGAAUUGUAAUGGAUGCUUACAAGUUCUCAUUUUAAUGUACUUCCUGAGUCAUAGAUGCGAUAACCCAUCUCAGCAGUACUCAUUUUAUCAAGUCCUUAAGGGCGAGAAUCUAGAUCAUGGGUCCUCAAACUCUGGAACCACAGAUGUUGCUGAACUACAACUCCCAUGAUUCUCUGGCUAUCUAUGUGAUUCAAAGAAUCAUGAGAGUUGUCGUUCAGCAACAUCUGGGGGGCCGGAGUUUGAGGACCCAUGAUCUAGACGGUGACCUGAAGCUAGUGCUAGAUUAACAGAGACUAUUGAUUCAUUGUGCGCCAUGACCCAUAAGACAGGCUGUGACCACUUUGAACCCUUGUUUUUUAACCCCUUAAGGACACAUGAGUGACAUGUCAUGAUUGCCUUUUAUUCCAGAAGUUUGGUCCUUAAGGGGUUAAGCAAAUUUCUCCUGCUUAUGAAGGUGGAUAUUAUAUGCUUUAAAUGGAAGUCAGGUACAUGAGACCAGAAACUCAAAUUGUAUAUUUAAUUUUCAAUGCCAGACACAUGAAGUCCCUAAUCCAGCAUUGCUUGAAGAUGGUGUAGGUUCUACGGCUUGUAAAUUGCAGAACACUGAUAGGAGAUUAUAUUAUGCAUUAAGAGUUGCAGGCUUGCAGCUCAUAAUUUGGAUAUUUCUGAAAAAUGUUUUAUAAGCUAAGUAAAAUAGGUUAAAUGUACAUCAUAUUUGGCUUUACAUACAAUGUGCAUAAUGCAUGAUUGUGUCCUCUCCAUGAAAAUUAUAAAUGUGUUAUUUCAUACAUUUCUAUAUGUUAAAAUGUACACACCGGUUAACACUCUAGUCUUGGUUAAGCCAAUUUCAGCCAAAACAUCAGAAGAGAUCUUCAGAUCGUGUCCAUAUCGAGUCCUAUUCUGAGCUUGGUUGGUUGCUGUCCAUUAUUUAGUUGUAAUGUACAUUAGCCCCAAAAAGAAGGAAGUUCUGAAAAGAAAGACACAUGUGGC